AUGAUCACUGGCUAUAAACCGUCCUUUUCGUCUGUUCCUGUUCUUGGCUGGAGUGCCUCCUUCGGCCUGGACAGUUCCCCCACCAAGUGGGAAUUUGAGCCACAGUCGUUGGACCUGUGUUCUAUGGUCUCGCCCACGAUGUCGAGGCAAAACCAACCGGACGAGCUGGCAUACCCGCACUUUGCCCUCAUUUACAUCGAUCAGGACGGGAAUCUCCGCCACGAGGCUUCUCCGUCUAUUCGUAAUAGCCGGGAAGCUAUCCUAUCUCCUGGGGUCACCAAUGCGUUUCUUCAGGCUGUGGCGCGGUCUGGCGAAACCGUCCCAUCACAUUCUCUGUUGGAGGCUGGAGCCACUACGCCCUCACCACCACAAAGAGUACUCGGUGGUCAAAUUCCUCUCCGGCCCUUACUCAACCGUGCUGCUCAAAGCCCAGAAACUGUAGGGACCGAAGGACACCAUCGAGGCCCUAUGGGCUCUAUGCCUCCCAUACAGCCGGCCAUGUGGCCACGACAGCAGCAAAUGCAACAACAACAACAGCAGCAGCAGCAGCAACUACCAAGCAGACAAAGGCCUUGGAACGAAGAGGUUAGUAUGAGAAGCAAUCAGAAAGCAUUGAUCUCAAUUCGGGACAAGGAUUUCCUGCACCGGUACUACGAGAAGGUUUUCCAGAACCUGCAGCAGACCAACUGUCGAGUCCUGGCAAAGGCAUUCGUCAAGCUUGUGGAGCCGCGCAAGCAGGUCAAUUACCCCUACAAUGGACGGAAGAUCGUUGCCGGCAGGACCCAGCAGCUGGAGCCGGACGAGACUAAGCCGCCAUGGUGGCCUUCAGGAGUGAGCCAUCGUGAGCCAGAUCAUCUUCCCAAGGCUGAACGCAUCAAGCUCCUAGUUCACAUACUAUGCGAGCUACGCACCAGCCAUGGAGUCACUGCUCGUCGACUCAAGGAAGCCGACCAACCGAUCCGUCGCCAAAUUUCCCCGACCGAGCGAUUACAAAUACUGGACGAGGUCUACCGAGUUAGGGAAGAAGAAGAGAAGUUUCAAGAGGGAUUGACCAACGGAAAAGCUCUAGUGUCGAUUUCCCGAGCGAAUCUGCCCGAUGCAGUGGAGGCUACAUUCAGCCAAGGAUCACGUAGCAGAAGAAGCUCUCCGACCGAAGAAGCCUCUGUACACGAACAAGAGACUAGCGAAGAAACAAUGGCCAUGCGCGGCGGACCCGGCCAGGGGGCCAUCGUCUCCCAAUCUGUCUUCGCACCUGCAGACUUACCUUCGGAUCUAUCGCCAACGACCCUCCGUCAUCCCUCCCACAGCCCAAGCCAAUUAAUCCACCAGGACCUACCCAUACACCCAAGUUACGACCCAAGACCAUCAUCAUCAUCGAUGUCUCAGCAAGAAUCGAAGAGGAAACGCCUCCGUGUGGAAUCCGAUCCAUCUACCACUACAACCCCUCACACACUAGCAUACUAUCCGCCUGUGUAUGUUGCCUCCCAACCCUUCAUCCCCGAGUCCUACGACGAGCUCCAAAGCUUCCCUCCUCAAGUCAUUCCAACAUCAGCACCCCCGGUGUUGAACACUAUGGGGAGCACAUGGACGGCUACGUGUUUCCGUACUUCUUUGAUAAUUGAGAGCAAAACCAGUUUGGGUCUUGGGUAUUGGCAUUACGAUAACGAAUCUCCUUGA